CCUGCGACCCCAGCAGUUUCCCCGGCUCGGCCCAGCUUAGCGCGGCCCGGCUGAGCGCAAGGCUCUGGUUAGUUGCCUCCGCAGGCAUCAUGAGAGCGCUGCUUUCCCAGUUGCUGCUCUUGCUCCUGCUAGCUCCCGGAACCUGGGCUAGCGUAUCCAUCCCUUCGCCCAAGCAGCAGCCGCAGCCGCAGCCGCCCGUGCCCCCGGAGAUAAGCGCCGGGUCGGGGCCAGGGAAUGCCACUCUGCUGGAAGGAGAGACGGCGGUGGGCGGCAGCGGCAACCGCAGUGAAACCUUGGUGACCCGCAUCUCCAGCCUGCUCCGGGACCUGCCCACCCUCAAGGCGGCCGUGAUCGUGGCGUGCGCCUUCACCUCCUUCCUCAUCGCCUGCCUGCUGCUCCGGGUGUUCAGGUCUGGAAAGAGAAUAAAGAAAACCCGGAAAUAUGAUAUUAUUACGACUCCAGCAGAGAGAGUAGAAAUGACUCCUUUAAAUGAAGAAGAUGAUGAGGAGGAAGACUCAACAGUUUUUGAUGUCAAAUACAGGUAUAUUUACAGGUAAAAACCACUUUUCUGGAGUUGGGGCACACCAUGGAAAAUCAGUCAGCCAUAGAAAACUCUGCUGGACCCUGAAGUGUGAAAGGGAGGGUGGAAGUCAUCAUCUCUGAAGCAUUGAUACCAAAACAAAUAUUCCCUCUGACUCCAGGACCUUAUUUAUAAACUGUUCAGCAGCAGGCGGGCCUGUGUUGAACUUCUGUGACAAAAUGUCAGAAUUAAGCUCUUCAUUUCCAAACCACUACCUUAGGUUAACCUGUGUCAGUCCUUUGAAUGUCUCUUUCAAAUGCCACCAGGCUCCAGUUCUUUCUUCUUGAAGAGGUUCUUUAAUAAGGGGUAAGGGUAGAAACUAUUUUUUGCUUUUCUCAUUUUAAAGCAGAUUUCUGCAAGAUGAGAAUGUUAAAAAAAAAAAUAAAACCAGAUCCCAAACACUAAAAAACCAGAAAAAAAUUGAACUUUAGAAUUAGAUGCUUUUUCUUUUCUGACUCUUGAGCCUCAAGAUCUGAGGUUGUACCAGCCUCUUGGCUGCUUUAAAUUCCAGCCACUUGCCUUAAUCUUUUGGUGAGUGUGUUUAAUGGAAAAGCAGAUUUCAACAACGGUGGCUAGUGGCUCUGUGCUAAACCAGCCUUGCUAGGAUUGUGUGUUUCUAUGCGGCCGACUUAUUGAUGAAGAAAAUUGUGAUUGCUUGCUACUGAUUUUGACAAUUGCACUAGCCCCUACUGAAUCGUGCUGUUCCUCAUGCUCCAGUGGAGCUGAUUGGUGUUUGAAAUGAAGUAGUUUUUGUUAGGCUUAUUAUUAUUAUUAUUAUUUUUUUAAGGAGUGUGAGUUCAACAGAAUUAGACUUGGCUGGUUUGAAAAGAAUUGUGGAUUUCAGGAAAAAAAAUUAUAUUUUUAUGAUUUUUCCUCCUCUGCUGGGAAAAUAAAACACCAGGCAGCUUUUGGUUUGUGUAAAAUUUUGUGCCAUUUUUCUUCCUCUGAUUUUGCCACAGCUGUGUUUGUGUGUGUGAGUGUAUGUGUGUGUUUUCAGUUGCCUGAAUUUAACUGAGUGGCAGUUUGGAUGGCUGAGAACAGUGGCUGUAUCAGAAGUAAAUUCGGAACUGGAGAGAGAACAUUUUUUCAUCAAACUGGAAAUAUCCCUGUCACUUUGGGUUGAUGAAUCUUAUUUUACUGAAAAGUAUUCAUCUAUUUUUUUGUUUCCUCUUAUACUUCAGGAAUUAUGAGUUUAGGCAAUAAGUAUUUCUCUUCAAAAUUAGAUUUGCAUCAUUCACAAGGAUUGCAGAACUCAUAACUUUAGAAGUAUGUGCAUCUGUUGUUUGCCAGUCACCCAGAAGUGACUGAAUUUGCCUUUCCUUGAUCAUUGCACUAAAGUCUAUUAGUGACACGGUUUGAAACCCAGGGAAUUCGAUCUGACUUGAAUUAUUUUUUUCUCCAUUCUCUUCUUUUACCUUUGCUCUUCCUUCCCCUCUCCUGUUUUCUCUGUUUAGUCUAUGUAGUCUUUCUGGAUCUUUUGGAGCUAUUUCUCUUAAGCUUUGUAAGUAGACGUCUAUACUAUUAAAAUAUUUCUCUUACUCCCUGGAAGGUCUCUUAGUUCUUGAGGCUUUCAGUGUUUUGGGACUCUUGGGACAUUCACAGACCUUUUUUAUACAGCAGAGAGAGUGCUUUGAAUAUAUCAAUCUAUGAAGACUCCUUCUAAGAAUACCUCUUUGUACUGCCAUAGCAUUUUGAAUCAAACCAGAAAAGCUUUGUAGCUAUUGAAACCAACAUACAGUGCCUCUUGGACCUUUGCCCUAUGCAUUGGCUCCAUAUGUUGACCUUUUUUCUCCCCCUCCUUUUUUUGGCCAUCUGCUAAAAAGGGUGGGAAUAUGAACAGAGAAGAUUAUGGUUAUUCCAUAUCUCUUGAAAAAUGCACUCAACCAGAGUGCUGACUAUAAAUGACACCUUCCUAUUUACCAUCUGCUCCUUUUGUACCUUUUAACUGGAACUGUGCUGAUACACUGCCUUUAAAAUAUCUCUUUUCCUCUCUCCCUCCUCCCAUUCCAUUUGCAAGAUGGGCCAAAAAACUGGAUUUUCUCCUUUAUGAACUGGUUGUCAGAAUUAAGAUUUUGGAAUUAUUAGUGAUUUCUAAAGCAGGUCAACAUAGAUGAUCCUUUAAAUUCUUGGAGGAAUUUUUGCACUAUUGGCAUUUAGGUGAAACUUUGGCUGAAACAAAUUAAUUUUUUGAUAGUGAUGCUUUUUUGAAACAGAAUAUGGUGCCUUUUUCUCUUAGAGAAGUGGUUGAACCUUUUUGAGAUUAUUUAUUUCAAAGCUUUAUGAGCAUCAAGUUCAUUGGAUGGUUCCACAAACCUGCUAAAUUACCAAAAGAACUGCAAAAAAAGAUGUUUAGACAUAACAUGGUAAUGGUAAAAAUUUGUUUUUACUUUUAUUUUCAUGUGGUCCUGGUGAACAAAUUUUUAACAACUUCCUCUCCUGAUGUAUGAUGAUGAAAGGCCCUUUUCAUGAUAGUUUCUUGGGAAGACCUUUGUAUUUCUUUAAAAAUUAUGUGCCAGCCUUAUUAAAGUCUCUCACCUUUGACCUGAAUUAAA